AUGAGUCAAGUUGGGAUUAUUAUACAUUAUGGUGGUGAAUUGGUGAAUGAAGAGUAUAUUGGAGGACAAAGACAAUUGCAUUUGAUUCAUCCUUGUGGAUCACAGUAUUCCAGUUUGAUUAGUUAUAUUCACUUUUUAGUUGGAGCUGAUUUGAACUCGUCAUCGUAUAUGCUUAGUUCUGUUGUUAUAGCACCUGAUGGAGAUAAGAUUUUGAUGAAUCUUAUGAAUGAUUUAGAUUUGAAGUAUGUUAUUGAUAUUUCUGAAGUUCCAAAAGUUUUUGUGACUGUUGCACCUAUUUCGUUGGCUCGACCUUCUAUUGGGCGUGAUUUUGUUGAUGAUAAUUUGAAUGAGAAUAUGAAUGAUGGUGAAUUUAAUGUUGAUGAUGUUGAAUUUCUUUCUGACGGUGAUAGUCUUGAUGAUGAGGAUGAUGAGUUAGAGGAUGAUGUUCCUUCUAGAAUCAGAAGUCAACAUAUAGUUCCUGCUUUGCCACAUUCUUCUGUUAAUGAUGUCGUGGAGGAUCAGAAUUUUGGUGUUCAUACUAGUGCUCGACGUCAGUGGAUUAUUCCAAGUGCAAUCUAUCAAGCUUCUUUGCCUGUUGAUGUUGCUGUUGAUUUGGAUUUAUAUUCACGGGAUGGUUUGUGUGUUGGGUCGACUUUUAUGGACAAGGAUAGUAUGGUGACUGCUUUGGGUUUAUAUCAUUUGAAGAAUAGAGUCGAAUAUGUUGUUAAGCGGUCUUCCCCUUCUAGGUUUAGUGCUACUUGCAAGUAUCCAGAUCAGUGCCAUUUUUUGAUGCGUGGCAGUGCUUCGGGGACUAUUUGGAGGGUGUUUAAAUGGAGUGCACCUCAUACAUGUCAGAUGGAUUUUAGGCAACAUGGUCCCCGUACUUUGUCGUCAAAGAUUAUUGGUGUUUUUUUUGCACCAAGAUUGAUGGACGAUGGUGCAGUUCUGAAACCUAAGGAGAUGGCAGCUCAGUUGCAGCGAGAGUUUGGGUUUCAUGUCAACUAUUCAGUUGCGUAUGCCGGGAGGAAUCACGCUAUCAACCUUAUUUAUGGCAAUCCAGAUAAGUCUUUUCAGAAGAUCCCUUCUUAUUUACAUAUGGUGCAGCACUGCAAUAAGGACUCGAUUAUUGAUUUGGAGACUGAUGGAGAUGGUGUAUUUACGUACUAUUUUUUGGCUCUUGUUGUUGAUGCUAGACAUUUGAAAGGUAAGUAUAAGGGUGUGAUGUUUGUUGCUGUGACUAAAGAUGGCAAUGAACAAGUUUUUCCACUAGCUGUGGGGCUUGGUGAUAAGGAGAAUGAUAGGUCAUGGUGUUGGUUUUUUACACGUUUGAGACGUGCCUUUGGUGUUCCAAAUAACUUGUUGUUUGUUUCUGAUCAGCAUUUGAGCAUAAAGAAUGCUAUUGAAGCUGUGUUUCCUGGAGUUCAUCAUUGCCUUUGCACUUAUCAUUUGCAAAAGAAUCUUGCAAGAUAUGGCGCAAAUAUUAUAGCUAUGUUUCAGAGGGCUGCGAAUAGCUACAAGAGGGAACAAUAUGAUUUGCAUUUUGGUCAGUUGGCCUUGGUUCGUGAUAAAGGUGCAUAUACGAAGUUAAUGUAUCUUCAGCCUUCUAGAUGGGCGCGUAGUCAUUCUGCAGUUCGUAGAUAUAAUUUCAUGACAUCUAACUGUGCUGAGGUAUUCAAUGGUAGGCUUCGAUGGGGUAGGAGAUUGCCUGUAUGUAUGUUGUUAGAGUUUGUAAGAACACUGAUAGCUCAUUGGUUUCAAGAGAGGCGCAGCAAGGCUUUGUCUAGAUCUCAUACACUUACAGAGUGGGCGGCAUUGAAAUUGGAUAUCUCAGUUGAGGAAGGUCGCACAAUGGAGGUGAAUCCCAUUAAUGAAUUCAAAUUCACAGUUUCUUCUAGUGAUCAGAGUUAUGUUGUUAACCUUUGUGCUAGGAGUUGUUCUUGUCAUCAGUUUGAUCUUGACUUGAUUCCUUGCCCUCAUGCUGCUACUGCUAUUUUGUAA